AUGGAUCAUAACAAUAAGUUCAACUUUGUUACAAGCAGGUUGCCUCCUGGAUUCAUAUUCCAGCCCACAGAUGAAGAAAUCAUCUUUCAGUACUUAGCCAGAAAGAUAUUCUCAUUUCCUUUGCCUGCUGAUGUCAUCCCUGAAGUCAGCAGUUUCGUCCGUAAUUUUGAACAGGACAAGUACUUUUUCUGUAAAAAGGAAUGCAGCUUUCGGACUUGUGGUGGUUUUUGGAGAGCUGUUGGGUACGAAAAACAAAUCAGUUGUUCGACAAGGAAAUCUCCCAUAAUCGGGAUAAAAAAGAUGUUUGUCUUUUACAAGGGAACAAGUUCGUGUUUCGCUAGAACUGAUUGGUUCAUGCAUUUUCACAGCAUUGCUGUUAAAGGAAAUAGUAUCCAGCGGAAAAAACAUUCGGCCAAGGAAUGUUUGGUGCAAAUAGGGAAAUGGGACUUGUGCCAUAUUUUUUUGAAGAAAAGAAGUGCCAAAUUUGGAGUUUGUGGUUCUAAUGGGAGAUUUAUUAGGCAUAAUGAGAAUUUAUUCGUGACGAGGGAAGAAAAACUUGUAGAUUUUUCUUGUUCUUCAACAUCAUCAUCUUCAUCAUCAUCAUCAUCUUCUUCUUCUUCUUCUUCUUCUUCUUCUUCUUCUUCUUCAGAUUUGGACACUGAGUGUAGUGUUCUGAGCGAGGUCUCUUCCACUAGCUAG